UACCUGCUGUGCUGUGGCUUUUCCGUUUGGGAGAGGCCAGGCUCCUGAGUAGGUGAGGAUUCUUGCUCUGACAACUUCCUGCCCACCUGGGAGCCUCAGGCCUGCUGUGGGGUGGGGAAGAGGCCUUUCUAGGACGGCUGGGCACAGGGGGUGCAGGGCUGUGCUGUCCUGUUUACAGGGUUUUUGGCCUGCAGGGCCCAAGGAUACCAGGGAAGAUUGUUACUGCAAAAUGCAGUCCCCAGGAGAUGGGGCUGAAGGCCUCUUGCUCAAUUCUGUGAUGCUCUGGGCGGGGCCCACAGAUGGGUGCUGUCCCCCCUCCCCUCCCUCCCUCGCUUAACAGGGUGCACGGGCCUGUCUUAUGCAUUCCCCACCGGGUUGUGUGUGGAGGCUGCGGGCCUGCCUGUCUUUGGCCGCCUGGGGACUUCCCAGCCAUCCGAGUUGCAUGUCACCCUGCAAGCCCUGCGUGCCUUUCUGUUUACUUCACGCUAGAGCCAAAGAGAACCGGCUGCCUGCUGUCUGACUGCAGCAGCAGGCGUAGUGCACAGGACCCGUGGGGCUGGCGGGUUGGCGGUGGUCCUGGGGGGUGUGCCUGCUGAGAUGCUGGCCUCCCAGAUGCAGGUGCUGCUUGCUGGGGCCAGCAGCUGGCCUCUCAGCCCUGGGAGCUGGCAGUGGAGGUAGGACAUGGAUGGUAAAAGCUAGGUCAGUGCAGACAGUGGGCUCCCAGUGUGCCCAGUGGUGCCAAGGCAGGAGCCAACCUUGGGCUUCCUGAAAGGGCAGAGCCUUUCACGCUGCCCUCCUGUCCUGGGGUGCCUGUGUGCAGGCUGUCUGGGCCUGGCCUGGCUGGGGUGCCCUUACCACGUGCAAGGGAGCCUGCUUAGCAUGGAGGCCAGCAGCUGCACCGGAGGUGAGGGUCUGGACACACCGUUUCCACAUCUCUGCUCGAGGGCCUGCUGCCCACUCUCAGGAGCCUCUGCUGCUCCAUGCGCACAGGCCACCCCACCAGAGCCUGGUCUGGGGCACUCGGUCAAGCCCCUUGAGUCACAGCGGGGGAGAUGUGGGUAUGAGAGGGAGGCUUUGGCCAAGUGCUAAGGACCACUUUCCUCUAGCUGGCCUGACAGGGCACUUGGAGGCCCCCUGGGAGUGCUUGUAGUGAGGGCACCCCACUGGGGCCUGAGCCUUGAAGGCUGAAGGAGGCCCUGCAGGUGGCGUUUGAAGGGGCAAGUGGGGAGAGAAGGAUGAGGAGACAGGAGGGGCAGCAGACAGCUCUGGAGCACAGUGUGGGAGCACAGCCCCUUCCCACAGACCUGAGGGCUGGGCUGGGGGACCCCUGGGCAGAACCUGUCCACACUGCAUGGCUGUGGUGUAUCUAUGGGGUGGACAUCACCAGAUGGCUCAUGUCAGGAGGGCCUCCAGGAAGGUGCUGUACUCACAUCAGGUGAGGCAAAGAGCAUCUCCUGCCUUCUCCACAGCCCUUCUACCUGGAGCUCUUCUCAGUCCUGGGGGCCCCCCAGCCUGCCACACCUCCCUGAGGGCUCCAUGGUGCGCACCCUGAAGGUUGGGCUGGGCAGCUUGCAUGAGCCCCUGGUGUGGCCUCCUGCCUCCUGGAGGGCUGCCUGGGGAUUUCCUGAGGUGGAGGGCUAGAAGGGGGCCAGUGGCAGCAGUCCUGGGAGCGUGGCCUUCCUCCUCGCGGGGAGCCCACCUUCAAGAUGGGCUCUCUCUCCACUCUAAACGUGGCCAACUGCGGGGCCAUGGCAGGUGACAGGGCUCCUGGCUGCAGACCGCUGAGGUCCUGGCAUGGGGAAGCCUGCUCAGGGGGUGCCUGCUGCCAGGCUCCCCCACCCCCCACCUGGCCUCUGUGAGCUGCUGCUGGGUCUCAUCUCUUCCCUGGCCUGCAGGCCUUCCUCAGCCUGGCCAGUGCGCCACAGGCCCAUCUCCCCUGUGGGGUGGGAGUCACUGGGGCCUCGGAUGGUUCCUACCAUGUCUUCUCCCUGCCACCCAGCCUCUGAGCCUUGAGGCACACAGCCGAGGAGCAAGGGUAUGUCCUUUAUUUCUGAGGAGGGUGACCUGCACAAGGUCAGUAGGCAGGCUUGUCUCUCUCCUCCCCACCUCAAAGGUGCUUUAUCUGUGCAACAGGGCUUGAGGAGCUGGGCCCGUCACGCACCUGACAGCUUCUUGGCGUGGCCGGUGUCCCUCCAUCCUGCAGAUGGCUGGCCAGGACCUGACCACGCCUGCCCUAGUAGGAAACAGGCACAGGGCUUGCUGCUGCUGCGUGUACCACACCACAGCGCAGCCUCGGCCCAGGAAUAUUCGUGGCCCAGGUGGGCUCGUGGCUGCGUGUGCAUACCCAGAGGGUCCGACAGAGCACAGCUGGGGGCUCUCCACCUUUUUGGUGGAGCUGGUGGGCUUUUCUGAAGGGCUAAGCCUUGAAUAAAGGAGACGCUGCCCAGGGACCCUGGAUGCCUCUCUAGAGCAUGAGCUCGGGCAGGGGCUCCCGCUACGACCGCUUCUCCGGGGGGCCCCCCAGCCUGGCUGCUCCAGACGUCUCCAGUGGGACCAGAAUGGAAACGACCUUCGGGCCUGCCUUUUCUGCCGUCACCACUAUCACAAAAGCUGACGGGACCAGCGCAUACAAACACCGCAGGACGCCCUCCUCCUCCAGCACCCUGGCCUACUCCCCACGGGAUGAGGAGGAUGGCAUGCCCCCUGUCAGCACUCCGCGCCGCUCCGACUCGGCUGUCUCGGUCCGCUCCCUGCACUCGGAGUCCAGCAUGUCCCUGCGCUCCACGUUCUCACUGCCCGAGGAGGAGGAGGAGCCGGAGCCGCUUGUGUUUGCCGAGCAGCCCUCGGUGAAGCUGUGCUGCCAGCUCUGCUGCGGUGUGUUUAAGGACCCCGUGAUCACCACGUGUGGGCACACGUUCUGUCGAAGAUGCGCGUUGAAGUCAGAGAAGUGUCCUGUGGACAAUGCCAAGCUGACAGUGGUGGUGAACAACAUCGCGGUAGCUGAGCAGAUCGGGGAGCUCUUCAUCCACUGCAGGCACGGCUGUCGGGUGGCCGGGGGCGGGAAGCCCACCGUCUUUGAGGUGGACCCACGAGGGUGCCCCUUCACCAUCAAGCUCAGUGCGCGGAAGGACCACGAGAGCAGCUGUGAGUACCGGCCUGUGCGGUGUCCAAACAACCCCAGCUGCCCGCCCCUCCUCAAGAUGAACCUGGAGGCGCACCUCAAGGAGUGUGAGCACAUCAAGUGUCCCCACUCCAAGUACGGGUGCACGUUCAUCGGGAACCAGGACACAUAUGAGACGCACUUAGAGACGUGCCGCUUCGAGGGCCUGAAGGAAUUCCUGCAACAGACAGAUGACCGCUUCCACGAGAUGCACGUGGCACUGGCCCAGAAGGACCAGGAGAUUGCCUUCCUGCGCUCCAUGCUGGGCAAGCUCUCAGAGAAGAUUGACCAGCUGGAGAAGAGCCUGGAGCUCAAGUUUGAUGUCCUGGACGAAAACCAGAGCAAGCUGAGCGAGGACCUCAUGGAAUUCCGGAGGGAUGCGUCCAUGCUGAAUGAUGAGCUGUCCCACAUCAAUGCACGGCUGAACAUGGGCAUCCUAGGAUCCUAUGACCCACAGCAGAUCUUCAAAUGCAAAGGAACCUUUGUGGGCCACCAGGGCCCCGUCUGGUGUCUCUGUGUCUACUCCAUGGGGGACCUGCUCUUUAGCGGCUCCUCUGACAAAACCAUCAAGGUGUGGGACACGUGUACCACCUACAAGUGCCAGAAGACGCUGGAGGGCCAUGAUGGCAUUGUGCUGGCGCUCUGCAUCCAAGGGUGCAAGCUCUACAGUGGCUCAGCAGACUGCACCAUCAUUGUGUGGGACAUCCAGAACCUACAGAAGGUGAAUACCAUCCGGGCCCAUGACAACCCAGUGUGCACAUUGGUCUCCUCGCACAACAUGCUCUUUAGUGGCUCCCUAAAGGCCAUCAAGGUCUGGGACAUUGUGGGCACUGAGCUGAAGCUGAAGAAGGAGCUCACGGGCCUCAACCACUGGGUGCGGGCCCUGGUGGCUGCCCAGAGCUACCUGUACAGUGGCUCUUACCAGACAAUCAAGAUCUGGGACAUCCGGACCCUCGACUGCAUCCAUGUCCUGCAGACGUCUGGUGGCAGCGUCUACUCUAUCGCCGUGACGAAUCACCACAUUGUCUGUGGCACCUAUGAGAACCUCAUCCACGUGUGGGACAUUGAGUCAAAGGAGCAGGUACGGACCCUGACGGGCCACGUUGGCACUGUGUAUGCCCUGGCAGUCAUCUCCACACCAGACCAGACCAAAGUCUUCAGCGCAUCCUAUGAUCGGUCCCUCAGGGUCUGGAGCAUGGACAACAUGAUCUGUACACAGACCCUGCUGCGUCACCAGGGCAGUGUGACUGCACUGGCCGUGUCCCGGGGCCGGCUCUUCUCGGGGGCUGUGGACAGCACUGUGAAGGUCUGGACUUGCUAGGAGGAUCCAGGCUGGGUCUUGGUUCCUCUGGGCCUGCCCUCGGCCUGUCCAAGCCAGGCUGGCCACAUGGGUGUUCGUGGGGUCUCUGCCUGCCCUGUGGGGACAGGCAAGCAGGCUCAGCCAUCCAGCAGUGCCCUCCCCACCCUGCACCCAGUGAGCCUCCCUCUGCUUGGCCCUGUAAUCAUCACAGCCAAGAUGGUGCCCAGCCCUUCUCCGGGUGUCAGGUACGACAUUCACCUGGCCCACACCUCCAUCCCACCCCGGAGGGACUGUGGGCCUUUUUACUCACUUUUUGUACUGUUUUUAGACUGUAUAUAGAUUUGAUUACUUCCUGACUGAAAUAAAAGCUGCACAGACUGUG